GUCAGCAUCAUGAUCGCAGAAUGUACCGGGACCCCCUCAACAGCGGAGCCGCGCCGUGAUGACUGUCCGCGGGCAGAGCUACAGCCCAGUGACGCUUGACAUCUCUGCCAUCCAGUAGUUGAUUCCCCCAAGCCGCGCGGUGUGAUUCUGGAGCCUUGGCACACUCUCACCACUCAGAGGCUGCCUCUCCGGCGCGUACUUUGCUCCGACACAUUCCUCCGAGGCUUCUCCUUCCUUCUAUCUGGGGAUUUGAAACUUGAGCGACUUUUACCGUCGCAGGCAGUGAAACAAAAGGUCGGACGGAUAGUGUCAGUGUGGUGAAUGUAGCGGCAGGCAGGCUGGGUGUCUGUCUGCGGGGCGCACAGCGGUGCUGCUGGACCAGCCGAGAACGCACCAAGUCCCGUCCCACAUCCCCGUUUUACCCCCCCGUGUCCCGAACACAGCAAACAUGAUUCUCCUCGGGACUGUGCUCGCUCUUUUCUUCUCAGGUGUGUUGCCAUACUCAGCGCCCGUCUUCCCCUUCCCUCCCUCCCCCACUGACUGUGUUGAAGCUCUUCGAGUGUGCUCCGCCGACCCCCGGUGCGAGGCGUUGUACCGGGGCUUAGAGCUGUGUGCGGCAGACGCAGCAGUGACCCCACUGGGGGAGCAGGCAGCAGCCGAGUGUCUGGAGAGACAGGACGCUCUGCUGGCUAAACACCCCGCUCUCUUGGCCUGCAAGUGCCAGCGUGGCUUCCGCAAGGAGGAGCAGUGCCUGCGCAUAUAUUGGAGUGUUCGUCUGCUGCCAGGGGAGGAUGAACUAGAAAUAUCUCCCUAUGAUGACACACUAAUGGAUACUCGCAUGGCUUCCUUAGUGGCAGCCUCAUCUUUCAUGCAAUUGGAUGGUGAGAACCAGUGCCUGAAGGCAGCGCAGGACUGCGGCCUGUAUGAGAAGUGUGGCUCUCUGCGAUCAGAGUAUGUCCUGGCCUGUACCAAACGGGUGCCUGGGACCACCCGGUGCAACCAGCACAAAUGUCACCGGGCCCUGCGGCGCUUCCUGGAGCGGGUGCCUGAGGAAUACAGCCUGGGCGUCCUGUUCUGCCCCUGCACUAACACCCUGUGUGGUGAAAGGAGGAGGAAAACUAUUGUGCCCUCCUGCUCCUACCAAGAGAUGGAGGGUCUGCAACCCAACUGCCUCCACCAGCAGAGCUUCUGUCGCCGAGAUGACCUCUGCAGGUCCAGACUGGCUGAUUUCCUUAAUAACUGCCAGCCAUCUCCUCUGACGGCCAGCGGCUGUCUGAAAGACUCAGCAGGCCUGUGCCUCCGAGCCUACGCUGGACUCAUCGGUACCAUCAUGACCCCAAACUACAUCAGUAACAGCUCUGCAGAUGUGUCGCUGUGGUGCAACUGUGAGGGCAGUGGCAACCAGUGGCAGGACUGUCUGAGACUGCAGCGCAUGUUCACCCACAACACCUGCCUGCGUAACUCUAUCAGUUGGAUGGGGAGCCCCGACUCCCUGCCUGCAGACAUCACCCCCCCUCCUGCUCCCAGACCCUCCCCGCUGGUUCAGGAGGAUGAGCUGCUGAGCAACAACCACCUGCCUGAACACAACAACAUCGUGGUGGAGAGUGAGGAAGAGGAGGAACUGACACAGACAGAGGAGGAGGGCGAUGAAGGUGGCCAGUUUGACGUCAUCCCGCUGUACUCGGAGAGGGCCACUGUUUCCAACCUGGGCUCCUCCGGGACAGGUGGGGCUGCAUCCCUCACCACCGGCCCUCCGAAAGUCAUACUACUGCUCCUUCUGCUUCUGUCUGCCUCCCUCAGCUGGGGGUAGAACAGAGGAUAUAGAGAAGACACACACACACACACACACAUACAUGCACACUCACAUAUGAUGGACCUGCCAACACUCCUGGACUGAUCGCUGUAAAAUUCUAGGAGACAGUGAAGAAAUGGACUUCACGUUUGUCAGUAGCAUCCCCUUGAUUCCUCACCUCUGUCCUUGCUUCCUUCCUUUCCUCCUUUGAAAACGGCACUUUGUUCAACAUGGUCUGACUGCCGCUGCAGUGGUGUAUUAAUGUCCUGGGAGCACAAAAGACCUAAGUGUGGUAGGUGUUCACAUGCUGCCAAUGUAUCUGUUCCUGUCGUAGGUCCCAAAAAAACAUGUUAAUUUAAGUGGCUUGCUCGGUUAUUGGCACACAAAGGUGUGUUAGUAGCAUGAAAUAUUGGCUUGUCAUACCGAACAGAAAGUAACUGCAAGCAGCUGAGUCCUAAUUUUAAUCAUCAGUGGUGAAUAUACACUUCUGACAGCAAUGAUACCUCCCAGUUGCCAAAAAGAAACAACCAAGUGUCCACAAACUGGUGCCAAAAUGGCUGCACUCGCUGGCAGUUCAGCACAAUAAAAUACAUUAUAUUUAGAUUAUAAACUAUUCAAAAAAGAGCUGCAUAACUAACUCACAGUUGUCUGGUUUAACUUGUUGAUAAAAGGCUACAAAUAAACCAUGUACCAUAAUAAAAGUAGUAAACUAGUUAGGCUACAUUUCCAUCCAUCUAGUGUGCAAACAAUGUAAUUAGAGGGAACCUACUGGUGCUUCAUUCCCACUGCAUAGUUCAGCUGGACUUGACUUGACUCAGCUUACUUUUGGUACCUGGUCCUUUUCUCUGUUAUGUUUUUCACCGUGGGUAGCAUCUCCUCAGUAUCAGCUGAUCGCCAUAGGAGCAUCAUAUGAAACUGCCAUGUCAUCCUCUUCAACUUGCCGAACCCUUUUGAUUGGCAACACAGGGAUAUCUGCACUUCGUCAACUGUACAAUGUGGUGUAGGCCUUCGGCAGCUAAUGAUGGUAGCUUGGCUAAAGUGGCAGGUUUGAGUAAGAUGUCCAAUGUGGCACCAUUGAUAAUUCUCUCUAACCAAUCGGUGGUCUGCAGUGUUUUAACUCCACCCUUUGGUUUCAGCGGGAACCUCGACUGAAGUGGUACCAAAAAAGUACCAGGUAGUAUCCACAACUUUUGCUAAUGGAAAACCAAAAAAAGGCAAGUCGAGUAGGGUAGAGCCGUGCCGUACCGUGCAGUGGAAAUGCAGCAUUAGAAUAAUGUGUGAACUCUCCCAGUCAUAACAACUGUCUUUUCCUCUUUUUCCCAUUCUGCAUACCACACAAUGCAUUAACUGCCUUAUCAUAACAUACUUUUCCAUUCUAAAGAAUUUCAGUGCUAACAAACAUAGCGUGUCAGGCUGCAAGCACCUUACACAACAUAUGCAACAUAUUAGUAUAUUUAUUCACCAAUUGAGCUUGGCCUAUUUUAACUGAGGGACUCUUUUGGCUUUCUGUUAUAUUACAACAUAGAAAAAGAAAAUCUGAAAACAUUGGUACAUGUUGUGUUGCCAUAGAGAAAACAAAUGUUGCAUGCUAAUGAAUUCAGACAGUCCCUCCAGGAUUUCGCGGGCUGGUUUUGUGAUUGUUGCGGCCUGAAAUGCCUUAUUUCACAGCAGAUAUUCUUAAAAAUUGUGAUGCAUGUUGCAAUAUUUUUAGGUGUUUUUUUGGGGGGUUUUUUUGCAAUGAAAUUGCGGGAGCAAGUGAAAACUGUAAAAAUAGUAGCCAUGCAGGGACUAUUAAUAUGAGCAUUCAGUGUUUCCCACAGAAUUAGAAUGUAUUGAAGCAGCACUGAAAAACCAUCUCCAUUUGCUACAAUCCUCCUCCUCUCUCUGCCUGUCUCUUUGCCCAGUUAGCACAAGCUAACACGGUAGCAGUGGCUAACAUCCAACACUGAGUCUUAAAUGGUACCAACAAUCUCCCACCAACAUGGAAAUGGCUCAAUUCUGUCCAUUAAUAAACAUUGGGUUACAUUAGCUGGGUGAACAGUUAACAGUUUACAGUUAACCCUGUCACUGUAUGUGUGUCUCAAGCAGCAACCCCCGUGGCUGAAAAAUGAAGCCAAUGUGCCAAAAACAACAGGCUUUUGAGGCUGGCUCCAAAACAGAGUAAAUCCUCAUAGAGCCCCAUAUUAGCAUGUCCAGCUUUAUAGCAGAAAUAAACAUAUUUACAGCUUGGUACAAAAAAAUGGUUUUGGUCUCUAUAGCUGAUUUCAAUAAUCAUGACAACUGUACAGGGGGUCAAUUUUCAUAUGACUAACCUGUUUACAUUUUGUUAAGGCCCAAAGGCAUACAUAUGUCAGGGUGGGGCCACUUGAGUGACUGGCUGUGAGGCGUCUCCACAGUCUAUGAGUCAUGUCCACCCCUCGCUCCUUCACAGCUCCAACCUCUUAUCCAAUGGUCACUUCUGGCUCCAAAAAACCAAGCAGGUGAUGGCUGAAAUGCCAGACUCCAGGCUUCAAAACAGCAGUCCACAAAGCAAUAGGUGCUGUCAUGGUAGCUACGUCCAUUAUUUAUACAGUCUAUGCUCUGUCCCAGGCACAGCAGUAGUCUCAUGAUAAACAGAGAGAAGGGGAAAGGAAGGUUUUAAAUAGUCAAAUUUGCUGUAAAGUUGCAGUGAUUGGACAAAAUUACAAGGUUGCGUAGAAUUCACAGAGAUUGGCUGAAUUUGUGUUAACUGUUGCGAGCACAACAUCCUGGAGGGACUGAUUAGCUAGUUAAGUUGAUAAGGAAAAGCUGGACAGACGAACAUCUCUUUUAUGAUUGUUUUUGAUUUAAAGCUACUCACAAAUCAACCAAUAGCUACUUUUCAUAGGAAACACAGUCAAAAUAAUUAACAUCCAACAACUCAGAGCCUGCUAAAAAUAUUCAUUAGCAGCUACGCAAAGAUGAGUGUGUUCAAACUCCAAUUCCUUUGGUUAUUGGUUAUUUUAAUGUUAUGGAUAUUUCCUAUUUUAAAAAGGAGAAAAACACACACACACAGUAUAUUACAUGGUUUUGGAGUCAAAGCAGAUGAUGGGCCAGCAAACAGGACAAACAAAAGAUUUGAGUGUUACAGCAGACUGAACACCCCACAUAUACAGAAAUGCCUGACGGCUGCAGUCGGACCUUGUUCUUUUUGUUUUGUUUAUUUGUUUUUUGAACUCUUUGAUGGAUGAUGAUUUGUCCCACUGGUUGCGACUCACCUGUCUAUGGGUCAUCCUAACAAUGACUGAGGGGGGAAGGGGCGUUGAUAUAUGAUGCAUCAGUCUAACUUUAUCAUGGUGAUGAAUGGAGUGAUCCUCUUCUCCCUGCCGCUGUCCCUAUUCUACAGCCAUGCUGAAUGACAAAUUACACACUUGUCUCUCAUUGUUUAAUGAACAUCAAGUGCCAAGUGUGUGAUGUGUGUGUUUGUGCGCGCGCGUGCAUGCGUGCAGGGAUCAGGCAGAGAGAUUGCAAAGAAAAUUGGGUAAAGCUUUUUGUUAUAAUUUGAGUCUUGUACUUCAGCGUUCCCACCCACAUCAGCAGAGCCACACAUACUGUACACACUCACACACGCACAUGCAUUUGCACACAUACUGCCUGCCAUGUAUUGAGCCGAUGCAGCUCUUUCUUGCUUUAUUGCUCUAUCCCCGUCCCUAUCUCCCUCCCCGGUGACUCAGGACCGGGACCCGAGCUGCCACAGGCACCGAUAUGAAUAAAGCCGUCAUAAUAAAAACAACACACCAGAAACAAUAUGAGCUCUAAAACGGCAGAACAAAUCAAAUAGCUCCCCAGCAGGCGAAAAACACACGCUUCUUCUGACGCCGACACAGAGACAAAAUGAAGAGAGUUAGAGAUGGAGUGGGAGAGAGAGAGAUGUAUGGAGGAGAAAUUAGGGGAAAAAAAUAAGGCCAAGUCCCCGUGUGGUCUUUGUGCGUUUGAUGUUUUACUUGUUUUUAGUUGGGAGGCUAAUAAUCAGUCCCUGACAACAUCUCUUUAUCAUCUGACAGACUCCUGGGGGGAGGAGUGUGUGUGUGAAUGUGUGUGUUGGGGUGUGGGGGGUAUCAGGCAGUGAUAGAAAUAGUGCGCUAUAGCGAGAACAGAAAAGACCCUGGAGCACAAACAUAGCAGAGAGAAUCGCCGGCUCUUGAUUUUCUAUGUCUUAUAAAUCUUUUGCUGACACUAAUUUUUUUUCUCUCUCUCGUUCCUUUCCUAUUUCUUGGAACGUGUAAAAUCAACUUCCAUCUGCAGGGGCGCCAGUGAUGGUGGAGGGCAUGGAGACAGAGGAGGGAAAAGAUGGGAAAGGGGGAAUGGAAAGACACCAAGACGAAGAGGAAAGAGAGAAAAGGAGAGAACAGAAACACGUGAAUGGAAAGCAUGGAGAGAAUGGGAGACAAAUUGAGGAAACAAAAAAUGAAGGAGAGGAGGAAAAAAGAAGGCAGCAAGGAAAAAAGAAUGAAAAAAAAAGAAAAGGCAGGAGAACAGGGAAGGAGAGACACAAGAGAGGCAGAAACAAAGAAGGGAAGAAUAACAGUGAGAAAGGUGGAGAAAGACAAAAUGGACACCUAGAUGAAAAGAGGAGGGGGUGAGCAAAAAGGACGGAAGGAGGAAGAGAAGGUAUACUUUGUGAAGCCACAGAGGAAACAAACCGUAAAGGGAGUGAAAGGAUGAGGAGAGAGAUAGAAAGAGAGGUGACAGGUCUGCAGUGUACUUUGACCUCCCUUUCUCUUUCCUCAGGCACCACUUUUGCGUGCAACUGCCGUGAAAUACACACACACACACACACACAAUCUCAAAGGCCUUUCUGUCUAAACACACCCCUCAGACAAAGCGUCUGUCAAUCAGCGCAGCAGCGAUAAGAGACAGUAAAGCUCUGUUGGCUCACCUGAGACGCUUCUUUAAACAUUUAGCAGGCUCAACAGUAAACAGUGAUGUUCUGUGAGCAGGAGUUUGCCAAAGUAUUAACUAAGAGUCAUAAACAACAAUCAGGCACCGUCAUCUAACAGAAGAUACUGAUUACAGUCAUUCAUAGUAAUGACUGCAAACGAAGUGUUUUCAUUAAGCUUUACAGGGGAUCAUCAGAGAGCUCACACACACACACACAAAACACACCUUAAAACAUCAGACUGAAGACAAUUGGUGUCAGCUUCAACCUUGAAGAAAUAUUUAGUGUCAAGUAGUGUGAAAUUCUACAUUUUUCUGACUGUCAAUAAACCCCAUGUGCAGACACACACCAACAAUGAAUUGACCCUCCUAGCAAGUGUGUGUAUCAAAGCCUGAUUUAUCUUCUUCCUCUGUGCCAUAGAGCUCCAUUAUUGCUACAGAACACAUCAGUGAGUCACACUGUUACACUGGGUGACGAGUUCCUUUAUUAUAAACACACACUGUAGUUUAUAGAAAGGAUUUUUGCCAGUUCAGUGAGAUGAGACACAAUUUUUCCACAGCACAUUCUCCUUUUUUCAGCCUCUACAGGGUGUAUAUGUUUCAUAUGAUUAACACAACAUAAAAUACCCAAAUUUGCUACAGUUUUGUAAGAACUGCUUUUUUUUUGUGCAAUGAACGGCUGUAUUGUUAGAACUUUAAAAUGUGACAGAAACAUAUGUAAUUAUGUAAUAAAGAAGUAAAUAAUUUCAUCCACAUUAUGUACUAGUUAUACCUCCUUGCAGGCAUUAGCCAUGGCCAGAGACAUUAUGUUUUCAGGUUGUCUGUCACCUGCAAUAUCUUAAGAACACCUUGAGCAAUUUGAUUUAUUUAUUUAUAUUUUUUUCAAAUUUGGCACAAACGUCCACUCAGACUCAAGGAUGAACUAAUUUGAUUUUAGUGGUCAAAGGUCCCUGUGACCUUCCAUCUGUCUCAUAUCUUGUGAACAAGAUAUUUAAAAAACAAUACCAAAUUUGGCACAAAAAUCCAACUUAAAUUAAGGAUUAACAGAUUAGAAUUUGGUGGUCAAAGGUCAAGGUCACUGUAACCUUGUUUGUUGCAUUCUCAUAAAUGCUAUAUUUCAAGAAGGCCUUGAGGGAAUUUCCCUAAAUUUGGCACAAACAUCCACUUGGACUCAAGAAUGAAUUGAUUAGAAUUUAGUGGUUGAAGGUUAAGGUCAAUCAAAAAAUAUCUGAAAAAUAUUAGUUUGGUCAUAACUCAAGAAUUCUUAUGCUAAGUAUUACAAAAUUUCAAACAAAUGUCUAAUAGUAUAAAAUGGUGAAGUGAUGACAUUUUAUAUCCAAAAAGACAAAGGACAACUUCACUCUGACAUCAUAAUGUUCUGCAAAAACACUUUUCUGGCCAUUAUUCAACAUCAUAUCUCAAGAACAGAUGGGGAGAUGGUCAGAUACUGAAAUGGUGACUCUAAUCUUGGGUGCCCACCUUUAAACUGUGCAUAUUGCAUAGAUCUCCUGUGCAUUAGGAGGUAAGAUGUGUGUAAAGUAUCCAUGUUUUCAUAGACAUGGAUGUAAACUAUGAAACUGCAACUUGAUGGGUUUGCAGAGGCAUGCAGUCGCCAGGUAGUAAUUCUAGUUUUCAAGUCAGCAGUCUGUGCUGAUAUAUGAGUAAGUUUUGCGCCCUGCCUCUCAGGCUGUGUAGCACUCUUAAAGGUGUCUUCAAACCAAAUGCGAAGUAAACUGGUGCAGCAUGUUGGAAGUCAUAUCCAGCCUGGGGUUAAGCUCUGUCUGAGAAUUUUAUUUGAUGUGGUAUAACACCAGUGAGUUCAAAUAGGGUAAUUUGAACUGGGAAAGGGCAGUGAUUGGGGAUUAAGACGUGUUUGAAAAUAUGUUUUGAUUGUAGAGAGUGCUUGAUACUAGAGCUGCACGAUUUGAUAAAAAUGUGCGAUUGCGAUUUGAGUGGACAAUAUCGCGAUUUGCGAUUACGAUUACAAUACAAUACAUAAAUGGUAUCAUGAGUGUUCUUGCCUGAUUCAGUGUUUCCCCUACCAUUAUAAAAAGACUGAUGUUAUGCACAGUCAAACGCGCUGCUCACACAGCAGCGCAGUGCAGCACGGCACUGUACACACAGCGGAGCGGAGCCUGUGUUGCAUUCAGGCGUUGUCACGUAAAUGACAAAUUCCAGCACAUGAAUAGGCCAUAGCACAACACAGCAGCAUGUCAAGUGGACCGAACCCAAGCAAAAUUUUGCUCAAUUUUUAAUUUGUUAUUAUAUAGUUUGUUACGGAGUCCGUGAUUUCCCCGUGACACUUACAGAUGUAUGUGUAACUGUGCUUGGAUGUUGUUUUAUGAGGCUCUGGCGGCUUUCAGUUGUGUCUUUUUCUUUAGCAUUACUCGGCUUGGCUUUCUCUCGCAGGCAUUCAUCCUACUUUUCUCUGUGCUGUCUCAAGUGCUGAUAUAGAUUGGUCAUGUUGCCGUGGGACGUAGCGACUUUAACUUUUAGAGUUUUACACAGCACGUCUUUCUGUUCAACGUCGCCGUACCUGAAUCCAAAGUAUCGCCAUAUAUUAGACGUUGCGUUUUUUUCGCCACCAGCUCAGCCUGUUUUUGGUCGUGCUCAUGCUCUUCUUCAGCGUCUAUGUUGGUCACUGCGGUGGUCACCUGACCAUAGGUACUGCACACACCAACUUGUGGGCGUAAUGUCAACAAACUCCACACACUACAGGAGAGGUAGUCACGUUCACAGGCACACACGUUAACAUUUAUUUACAUUAAAUCGCAAAUCGCAGCCUUUUAUGUGGUUAUGUAAUCGCACAGCCUGACAUCGUGAUUACAACUGCGAUUAGAUUAAUCGUGCAGCACGACUUGAUAUGAACCAAAAAUCAUACAACGGUUCAAUAGCACCAGUGCCGGUUAGGAUAGGUUUCAGAAAAGAAUCAUGGUUGGGCAUCGUCACAAUAUGUACGUGACUUGACAUGAUGUGCCAUGACUACUUUUUUACAUUAACUUUUUUUUUUUACAUUUGGUUAUGUUCCAGCCUUAUGCAAAAAUCAUUAGAAUUAUUUUUUUCCCCUCAUCAAUCCGCACUAAAUACCCCCAAAUGACAAAGCCAAGAGUUUUAGAAAUUAUUGCAUAUUGAUUUAAAAAGAAAAACCUCAAGUCUUUAUGGGUGUGACUUGACAAACUUUGCAUUCCUGGAUUUGGGCAAUUUCUACCAUUUCGCCGCAGAUCCUCUCAAGCUCUGUCAGGUUGGAUGGGGACCAGCAGUGGACAGUGAACCAUUGUCAGGUGUCUCCAGAGAUGUUCAAAUAGGUUCAAGUCAGGACUCUGGGUGGGCCACUCAAAGACAUUCACAGAGUUGUCUCUAAGCUACUCCUGCAUUAUCUUGUUUUUGUGCUUAUGGUCAUUGUCCUGUUGGAAGGUGAACCCUCUGCCCAGUCUGAGGUCCUGAUCAUUAUGGAUCAGGUUUUCAUGAAGGCACGAAGGAUAUCUCUGUACUCUGUCAACAUCCCCACAGUAGAGACUGCCACCACCAUAUUUUACCACUAGGAUGGUACUUGACAGGUAAUAAAUGUUGCUGGGUUUCUUCAAGACACAACUGAGGCCAAACACUUCAACCUUGAUUUCAUCAGGCCAGAGAAUCUGGUUUCUCACAGUCGGAGAGUCCUUUAGGUGCUUUCAUGUGUCUUUCACAGAGGAGAGACUUUUGUCUGACGACUCUGCCAUAAAGCCCAGAUCGGUGGAGUGUUGCAGUGAUGGUUGUCCGUCCCUCUGGUCGUCCUUUCACACAGGCUCUCUUAAGCUCAGCCAGAGUUACCAUUGGGUCUCUGGUCACCUACAUCCAUCCAUUAGCUUUCCCCAGAUCUGUGCCUUGACACAAUCCCAGUGUUUUACACAGAAUUAGAAUAUAUGUGUGGCAGUAGCUGAUAAUGGGGAGGAUCAGCCACUUUUUGUUGUGUAUGUGUCCCUUUUCAUUAUUGUGUCCCCCGGUAAGUUCAGAGGUUAUUGUAGAUCAGUAAACUCAGUGCAGGCAGAACUCUUCAUGAGUUCUUUUUUCCUCAGCAGCAGGCUGUGGAGUUUGAGUCGUGGGGUGGAUAAUUGAUCAGUCGAUACGGUCAGAGAUGAUCAGAUCAGGUUGACGGAUAAGAGGAGCAGCUGCUGCAGAGCAGAGGCGAGUGAAUGCAGAUUUUUAGACCAAGUGCAAUGAAUGGUUAAGUUUCCCUGCGCCUAGCGUUCUGCUGUGUCUGUGCCCAGAGUUCACCCUGUGCUUUGAGAGUGUGGUGCAAUGAAUCAAUAUGAAAGAAAAUCAAUACAUUGCGCCAGAUGUUGAAAUCUGGGCAGGCCACCACAAAUAAAUGAAUGUCUGGGAAACCCUGCAAUGCCGUCCCUGUACUCUACAGACAGUUCUGUCAACCUCAUGACUUGGGUUUAUGUAUUGUCAGCUAUGAGACCUUAUAGACAGGCGUGUGCCUUUCCCAGAUCAUGUCCAAUCAAUUGCAUUGACCACAGGUGGACACUAAUCAAUCUGUAGAAACAACAACAAGUGAAUGUAAAAAAGGAGUCAUACAACAACAUAUAAUAAGUGAAGUGGUCUGAAUACUUCCUCACUGCACUGUAUCUACUGGCUGCCCAGCUCUGUGUCUAAUAGGAAGGCCAUUCUCUUCUAAAUUUGACAAAAGUGAGCCGAUAGUGUACACAGUAUACAGUAAAUGAGCUCAAAAGGCAAUGAGCAGUUCUCUGACGUCAGAAUCACUCCCUCCAUCUAUCCUCCUCUGCAUUACAUAGAAUUAGAUAGCCGGGUCAGAACCCCCCGAGCACCCCCACCUCCUCCCACCCAAUAGUGGGGGUUAAUUGAGAUCAGCAGGGGAGGGCGAGUGUCUGAUUGGCGUGGCCGGAGCGGCGGCCUUUUACCGGAACCCGUUGUUCGUUUUAAUUGUUGUCUCGGCUGUUUGUCGUCAGGCCGACACCCGGUGGCAGGACGACAAGAGGGAUGGACAGAGGGAGGAAGGGAGACAGCAGAGGGAGAGAAAGGAGGGAGUGGACACCGGUGAUUUACAUUAAUAUGUACUGAAAUAAACAAGCAGAGAAGCCAUGCGUUAAAUCAACUGAGGGAGAGAGAGAGCCUCCGGGGUGAGAGAGGAACAGAGAAGAAAGAUGUGUGUGUGUGUGUGUGUGUGUGUGUGUGUGUGUGUGUGUGUGUGUGCUUGAAAAGAAGCGUUCUUUUUAUUGUUCUAUUACCGUGCAGUAGAUUUACACACACAAAAGCACGCGCAUGCACACACGCUCACACACACCAUGUCAGAUUUGAACGUCUAGUGUGUCUGCUUUCUCUCUCCAGUAUUUUAGUAUUCUAAUCCAUCAUUGGCCUGACAUGGGGAUGCUGUCUCGCUCCUUUCUCUCUCUGCCUAUGUCUCUCUCCAUGCUACUGCACAUACGCGGCAUCCAAACGGAAGAUAAAGGCAGAGCAGGGGGAAAAACAAACUCCACAGCAGGGAGAGCUUUAUCCAGAGAGAUAAAGCGGCGGAAUAAAGCGGCGACGGAGAGAUACAGAGGAAGUUGAAGAGAUGGAGGGAGAGGGGGGAGAAAAGGGAGGAAGGAGCAGAAGGAGAAAAUGGGGAGGAAGGGGAUGAAAAUGCGAGUGGGAAAAGCGGGGAAGGGGAGGAAAAUGAAGGCAGAGAGGAGAGGAUGGCGGGGCGAGAGAGCAAGAGAUAGAAACAGAGAGAGAGAUGUGUGUGUGUUGCAGUGUGUCGCGGCUGAAGCCUGAACCUCCCUGCUCCAUUUCACACUCUGUAGGUCCUGACGCAUCGGCACUCAAAUACACACACACAGUCACACACACACACAGCCUCUGUCCCUCUCUUUCGAUUUCUAAUUCACACACGCGCGCACGCACUCGUUCGCUGCCAUUUCUCAGUCAUGCAUGCAGAUAAACAAAGAUGCACAAACACACAGUCACAGUCGCUAAACUGAAUUCCUGCAGCUUUUGCCCUUGACUCUCUCUGCUGCUUGGAUCCCUGCUUUCAGUCUAUUACACCGGGUUCAAGGAAUAUUAAAGACAAGAGUCCCCUCUAAAACAUGCUAAUGCUGUUUUUUAAAACAGCUUUGGUGAUGGAGCAUCUGCUUUAAUGCUUCUUGCCAGAGCUGCUCUCUCGCACCAGUGACCAACAUGAUACAGUCAGGAGUCUGUCAGAGAAGCACAGAGGUGAGCUGACAUCACAAUACAAGAGCUUGUACUGAGAGGAGACUGUGUGUGUGUGUGUGUGUGUGUGUGUGUGUGUGUGUGUGUGUGGGAGGGGCAAGGGGGCACUUUAUACUAAAUGCUAAAAUGAUAAGAAAAAAAAAAAAAAAAAAAGACCUCCAGUGGUAUCUAUUCAUUCAGAUGCUUUAGGUUUUAUUUGCCCGAGUUUUUAUAUUUAUAUUUGUCUCUGAGAUUCCAGCAUGCACUCCAAUAUAAUCGAGGUGAAAAGACCAAAUCACCGUAACGUUGCACUAACAGCAGAAGUCACUUCCAAGUGGACAACUGGCGAUUUGUUUCACCUGUGAAUACAUGUGAAAUCGGCAAACUUGUUUAUUUCUGUUGCCGUUUUCAGCCAUAAUUGUAACAUUAAGUACCUGUGUUGCACUGCUAGUGUCUUUGAUAAACCAAAUGUAUGGCACGGAAGCUAAGCAAUGUACUGCUGUGGAUGGGGCUACAGCAAACAAGUUUUUGCCACCUACAAAAAUUAUUUGCAGUUAAGUGUACGCUAUAUUUGGAAUAUCUUCUCUGCUUAAUCCUACACACUAACCAAUCAAAGCAGUGGUAGACCAGCAACUCCCAUGUUCUGCUAUGUAACAUUACUGUUUUUGUGAAUGGCGUCUGGAUGUGAGAUAAUGUCUUCAGUUCCCCGAAGGAAAGAGCUGCUUGAUGGCAGGGUAAAGCAUCAAAAAUAUUGUUCAAGGUAUAUCAUACACAUUUACAUUUUUUUAAGGUAGCUGAUAACUAACUAAUUGAGUCAGCAUUUGCUCAGUGCCAUUUUAUUUUAUGUACGUGACGCAGAAUUGUACACAACCUUUGUGGUUCAGCCAAUAAAUUUUGGCAUUGAAAAACUACUGUUUCAAAAUGAAAUAUCAAUUGUCUAUUGAGGGGAAAAAAAAGUCUGAUUAUUUUGGAAAAUCAUCAGACUUUAAAACAUGAAGUUAAACCAUCUGUUUCUUUUAUUAUUCUUUAAAUGUCAGAUAUCUUUUGCUCACAGUGAUCCUAUUACCCUAUAAUUUAUUUUUAUUUUUUUUUAUUUUUGGUCAUUUGGGUGAAAUGAUCAUUUGAUAUUUGAUGUUUAUAUUGUAUUUUAACAUUAUAUGUGAAGCGGCUGGCUGACAUUUUAAGCUAUGUACUUUUUUUUGACAGAAUAUUAAUUUCCUCUUUGUGCAACAGUUUACAUGUUUAGCCUUGUAAAAAGACUGGAAGCAGGGGACACCUACCAGUUUAACUUCAUCAAACAUUGAAAAAACACAAUGUAAAUAACGAAAUAACUGACUCAUUAUCGCAAGUGAAGUUUAUGAAGCAUAGAAAUGUGACAGAUAGACAUCAGUAUGGAGCAUCUGAAACAUACUGUCCUCACUGUGGGGUGACCAGAUCUGGAAUGUGGACGGAAUGUUUCUUACAGCCAAAAUACAUGGGGCACAGACGCAACUCAUCACACAGGCAGACUCAGUCUUUGCAGCAUGUGGUUGCUUCCAACUUCACUUUGUGCAUAUUAAGUUAUGCCAAGUGAUAACGCAGUUGGUUGUGCAGGGUUUGAAAGUGUAGACUAUCUUAAAGAGACAACAGAUAGGAUUCGGGGUUUUUUUUUAGCUUGGCGCCACCUAGCAUCAGUGGUGUUGCGUCGCACUGUCGCAACUACCAAAUUGACCGUGGGGAUCAGAGAUAAUCAAUAAAAUGUAGGCUGUAAAGCCACCAGUAUACCUCUAUGUAUAUGUAGAAUGAGAAGGUGUGUGGACACUAUACUAAAUAAAUGAGUAAAGAGACCGAGCAAAAAUGAUCAGAUUUAUCUGAAGAAAAAACAAACAGUAAUGCAAAUAAUUAUACCAGAAUGCACAGUAUCAGUACAAACAACUCACAGUAAAUUAUACCAAUAUGUACAGUAUCAGUACAAACAACAGUGGACACAGUGGAAUUAUACCAAUAUGCACAUGUAAACAGUGCCGAUUCUAGAAUAAACCGUACCGUAUAGAAAGGAUGCGGCCGGUUGGAGCUCAAAUUGAAUGGGAAACAAAGUCCAGUGUUCACUUAGCUGGGCGUAACUUAGCUGGGCGAUGUCCAUCAAUAGCUGCCUCCAUGAGAAGAGACCAGAAGGAAGGGAGGGGGGUAUCACUGUCCAAGGGCUGCCGUAGAAUGGCAACAAGGAUGUCAGCCGACCAACACUCGCUACCUGGUCCCUGGUUGCGGCAGUUUGUGAUGCUGGCCAGCUAGGAAUUAACUAGCAGCCAGUAUAGUACAGUCCUCUCUCGGCUAGCUAACAUUUAGCCGUGUUACUUACUGAUCCAUUAGAAAGAAAGCUAGCUGGACACCGGUGUUGAAGCCUCUUUGGUCACGGAGCUCCCUCCAUCUCUUGAACGCCUGACUGAGGUUUACUCUUGUUUUUCCUCUUCUUUUAUCACUCUCCUUUUUGCUCUUCUUUGCCUCCUCAGACAGAGGAGCUCGUUUUCUUUCGCUAGGCCGUUUUUCACUUGUCUCCAAACUUUGUCCGUCUGCCAUUGUGCUCGUGAUUCAACUAUCUCAUGCCCAGCUCCUCAUAAGGACCAGCUCCAGUCCCUGAUUGGCUGACCGACCAAUUUCAGAAUACAUGAUGCGUUUCCUGCCGUAACGCGUCAUGUUUUUCGCGAAAUUUUGGCACCAGUGGCAGAAGCUUAUUGCAAAGGUUGCAAAGCCACUAAGUAACCUAUGUAAACGCUGAUAGUCUGAUUUUACUGUGGCCACUACCCUGUGCAACACACAUUAUUUUCAUAAUGAUAUAUUUAGGAAAAGAUGCUGUCUGUUGCCUCUUUAACUGAUACUGAAUUAAUUAACUGGAUAAUUUUAACAAUAGGAUGUAUUGAUUUGAUUGAUAUUGUUGUAAAAUGUUAAAAAAAAAACAACCACAAGGUUUAUCUGUGCAUUGUUCUCUGUAAUUUGACCUGAUGGAGGGCCUCAGGGCCACACAUAGAGAAAAAAAAUAAAAAAUAGACCAGCUGUGAAGAAAUAGAGAGGACCCACGCGAUGCCCGCAUGAUCAAGCGCAGCUUCCAUGGUCAGUGUAGCAGCUUUAGUUGAUUAUAAUGGACACGCUCUACUGCUGGCAUGCUGCAGCAGAUGUGUGCGUCUCCCAUGUAUUUUGGCCGUAACAUUUUAUUGAAUCCAGUUUUCUAUUCUUAUAAUGAAAGUGCAACAUUGUUUUAUUGACCUAUUUCGCACAUUAACAUCAUCUGUUGCUUUGCAGAGAUAUACCACUCUGUUUGAUAAGCAGUCAUUGCCAAGAUUACAUGAACAAGCUGGUUCAUGUUAAACAUGAUAAAAGGACAGCUUGGAAUUGUUGAAAGGUGUGUUUUAAUACUGUUCAUUAAGGUUAUCUUUUUUCCCCAGCUCCUUCUUCGUGCUAAGCUCGAUUAAACUGGACCUACUGUAUGUGUACCAGAUUAUGAACUGCGUUUAGAUCAUUUGGCUCCACUGAAAGCCAUGCUGGUCAGAUGAAGUGAGACUGUUCAACUUUUACAUAACAAUGACCACUUUAGCCACAAGGAACAUUGAUGGGAUUAUGGGUAAGAUAAGAACGCAUUACACCAAAUGCCCACAUCCAUAUGAGAAUGUCUGUGCUGUUGAUUUAGUGUUUAAUAGGGCUGUACCGAACAGUUUGAAGCUUCACUGACAUUCAAAUUCUAAAUCAACAUUCAAAUGCUGUGCAGCUUCUUUUCUUUUGCAUGUGUAGUCAUUCUGUUAAACCCAGAAUUUCUACACAAUUGCAAAAAUAGGCUACACUAAUACUAUAAGCAAUCUGAGCAAAAUGGUGCUUUAUAGUACCUAAAAGAGGUUCUUAGGCUGAUAAUCAUAGGGGAACCUGUUCCAUCUUUAAAAGGCCUUUGUCAAAUAGUGCUAGAAAACUGUGGUUCCCAACUGGUGGGUCGCGGUCCAAACGUGGGUUGCAGGCCCAUUCUCUAUGGACCACAAGUGACUCGUGAACAUGUCAAGUUUAUAGAAAAAAACACACUUUAUUUUAAAGUACAGUGAAUUUGCAGCACAGAGCUUUUAUUUCGAGUUCCCAGUUCCUGUUGUAGUGUGAGCGACAGCUCCUUAACAGAUAGCAAACUAGCUCGACAACAUGGCCAAAUACAAGUAUGAUGCUGAAUAUAUUACACUGUGUGAACCUUGAACUAAUGACUAAGGAGAAAUCUGGACCUUGUGGCUGAACCAGGUGGGAACCACUGCUUUAUAAAACCAUUAGAUGUGCCAUAUGCACUGUAUUGUUUUUAUAUUUUUUAAGCUAGGGGGUGAAGCUUGAAUGAUGCUAGGUAAUACCAUGGAUGAGUCAAUAUGCCUCUAAAUUAAACUUUUACUUAAAACAUGAAUCAUUAUUAAUCAUUUCUUCCAAAAUGUUGCCUUUAAAGAUUCAUUAUCCUGUCCUAAACUCUUACUGUAAAAUUUCUCUGCACAUGGGGGCAACAUGGUUGACAGUCACUGUUUUAAGGUGUUUUACUCUGGAAAGACAUGUUUGAAAGCUUUUUUAAUGUAGUGUUUUGUGUCCCCAGUGAGCUGAACUAAGCUGUAGGGUUGGAUACCAAAGUUGGUACUUUUAUGGGUACCGGAGUAUCAAAUUACGUUAAAUCCAUCAACGCCAAAUGUCAGUACAUGAGAGCACAUCUAGGUGAGAAGGCCAGGAGAAGCACCCCAAAUUCUCCACAGGCCUGUCAGAUUCAACUUUAAACAGGAGGUGGAAGUUUAUUUUAGUGGAGUGGAGUGGAGAACCUCAGAAUAUUCACAGGGGCCUUGAAGUUCUGUAUGAGGCAGAGAUGCUUUAGCACCUCAGAACCACUGGUGACAUUUUUCUGUGUAUUUGUGGAGGCUGUGUAGGAUUGUUCCUGACAUGUGUGAUCCAAACAUUCCAAACAUUUACGAUAUCUCCACAGCAUUGUAAAAUCCAAAAGUCAAAAAUUAUUUGGAAAAUUAAUAAAUAAAUUGAAAAACAAAAAGAUGUAAUCAGUUCCAAAAUUCACAUUUUUGUCUAAUGAAAUGUAAUGCUUUAAUCCAAGGUUUCAAAAAUAAAACAUUUUAACUGCAGUCAAGAGUGUCAACAGUGGCAUAAAUUAGGCUACAUUUGUAUAAUGACAGAAACAGAAAAAUCUAUUUUGGCUCUACCACUAUUAUAGUAAAUUACUGAAGUCAUUAAGAAAUAAAAGAUCACUUUAUGUUUAUGCCUGUGCUUUAGGGUGGGCACUCUGUCACAAAAAUGAGGAAUUAUAUUUAUUAACCAAAGUUGAUUUAAUAACAACAAAAAAAACAACUCAUUAUAUCCAAUUACUCACUUUAUUCAAAUUGAGGAUUUUGUAAAAGGAUUUUUUUUUUUUUUUACAUGUGACAACAUCAUAAAAUAUGGUGGCAGGCAUUCGAAGCUUUGCAUGAAAAUCUCAAUAGAAGCCUCAAAUGUAAAUGAAAAAAAAGGAACAUUCGGUACAGCCCUAGUAUUUAACUGUCUCAUUCUUGUACACUGUGACUGGGAUCAGGCCUGUACAAUUAAAUAUCUUGUGGAUGGAUUGUCUGGAGCUUCCUUUGCGACCCCCCCUGGGAUCCCCUCAUGGACUCAUGGGACUUCCUGGACUCUUUGAGAACCACUUUACUGCACAUGAAAUGGUGUUUCAGAUGUGUUCCUACAAAGUGUUUUUUUAGUCUUUAGCUGAAUGUUUUUGUUAUUUUUUUUUCCUGCCAACACAGAUGCACAAGCUUGUCACUGUCGGCAUGCGUUGCCAUGGUUACCUCGGUCUCACCUAGGUGGCUGCACCCUGGGUGAUCCCAAAAGGUAAAUGGAGCUGAAUAAUCUUCGGGAGUUUGAUUCUUUUCAAUACACCAACACCUGGCGAGGGCGCGGCGGCCAUUUUGAUGCUUCUUUUCCCCCUGAUUGACUGAGCCCCCCUCCUCCUCCCCCCUCCCUCCCCCCACCUCUUAUCCCGGCAGGUGCCUGGCUGAAUGGGACAUCAUCGCCAUGGAGAUUGAGCCGAUGACACUCGCACGCACGCACUCACACACAAACACACAUACAGUCACAGACUCGGAAAUGAGACUGGCUUUCCAGAGCGAGCGACUGCACUGUCUGACUCGAUGAAAAGUUGUCUCUCUAAAGGGAAGACAGCCGCGCGGAUUGAGCUGUCACUUGAAGGGAACUCUGCUCUGCUCUUUCAUCCCUCUGUGUGGAAAUGGACGGAUCUCUCUUUCUCUUUCAUUCUGUCAAAUGUAAACCUUUCCUUUGGGUAAUUCCAAACUAAAGCCCAGGAGACAAGCAGGUGGAGAUAAAUGUACUCCAUUUAAAGAACACUGACCGAGGCUGAAAACACUAACCCCCCUUCCCAUCCUCCCCCACCCCCCACACACUUCCUGUCUAAAGCAUGUCCGUGUACAGUGCCAGAGUGAGGGAGUCACAUCACCACGGGGCUUUUCCUGCUCUCUCCCAUUCUAGUGUGUGAUCCAUCCCAACGCUCCUUUGGUCCUGUGCUUUCUGCCUGUUGGUGAAACGUUGACUGUUUCUUAGGCACAUGACUCUCUUGCACACCAAUAUAGAAAAUAAAUAAAAGUAAACUCCAGUUGAUAGAGAUCGGUGGUUGAUUGGUUUAAAACUGUGCUGGUGAUAAACUCUGUAUCUCUUGGGGGCAUAUAUGUGGCCCCGCGUUAAAUAUUUCUAUUUCUGAUCAUUCGUUGACAUUUUGCCCUGCUGAAUGUGCCCCCGAGGGGAUAUGAAACACUCCAUGCCUCUGCUGUGUUCACCUGUGAAUAAUAAAAUAAAUGUACAAGCUGACAUUUCC